AUGGUGUCGCCGCCGCCGCCUCUCGCCCUUCCUCGGCCCGCCUGUCACGGGCCCCGGGCCCCGGCUCUGAGGAGCCCGCGGCCGCCCCGGCUCCUCGAUGGAGGUGGCAACACCCCCGCGGUCCUGUCUGGUCCCGUCAGCCGCCGCCGCCCCCCGCACGGCGGGGAACGCCGGGCACUGUCCGGCCGAGCGGGGGUGGGGACCCCGCGGCGCACGGCUCGGGCUGCCCCUCUCCGGCGGUGUGCUCCGCCGCGGCCCGGGCCUGGCGCUCCUCUGCGCCGGUCCUGGUUCCGGGGUUGUGGUCGGACUAACAUCUCCUGCAAGAAUGUAAAUGGAAAGUUAGUGGAGGUAGGCAAGUGGCCAUGGCAGGUGAGCAUCCUAUUCCUGGGCAUGAACAUCUGCAGCGGCUCCCUCAUCCACCGCCAGUGGGUCCUUACAGCUGCACACUGCUUACAGAGAUCCAAGGACCCCUUGUCAUACUCCGUGAAGAUGGGAGUUCAGAGCCUCUCAGAAAAUGGUACCGAACUUCCAGUCAUUCGCGUCGUGAUUCAUGAGGAUUUCACUAACCUGUCCCAGGAUCUUGCCCUCCUGAAGCUCAGGGACUCUGUCUCCUGGUCCCCACUCAUCCAGCCUGUCUGUCUACCUAACCCCAAACUCAAGCCAUCUUUUGGAUCCCUGUGCUGGAUGAUCGGGUGGGGAAAAAUGGAUAUUCACGUGAACCCACAGUCCCCCUACAGCCUUCAGGAGGUGGCUGUCAAGAUCAUAAAUAAUGAUAUCUGCAAUCAACAGUACAAGUUCCUCUUCUUGACAGACCAGAAGAAGUUGCUUGGGAGUGACAUGAUCUGUGCCACCUCAUACUUGGGCAUGGACACCUGUCAGAGUAACUCUGGCAAUUCUCUGGUCUGCCAAAUGAACAACACCUGGAUUCAGAUGGGGGUGGUGAGCUGGAGCUUUAGCUGCAACCAGCGCCACUUCCCGGGUGUCUACACCAGCACCUCCUACUUCACUGACUGGAUGAAGAAGCAGAUCGGUGAUGUGAGGUUCGUCAGCAGAGCCGGGCCUGCCUGCCUCAGCCGGGUCUUCCUCACUAGCUCUGUCCUGCUGGUCUCCUUGGGCUGCCUGUGGCUCCUGUGAGUGAUGUUUCCUGGGCCGUCCCUCCCAGAAGCAGCUGCUUCCUCCCCUCUGUCUGUCCUGCAGAGAAGUGGAGACUGGAGGAGCACAGGGCAUCAGGGCAAGUCCAUGGGGGAGGGUCCCAGAGCCACUGUUCUUUCAAUUGUUCAAUGAAGAUGUUCUUGAACUUUGUGUCACUGAAGUCAUCAUCUUUUUUCUUGACUUUGGCCAGAGCCUCCGCACCCCCAAGAGG